UGUAUUUUUUGGUCUCGAGGCGCUGGCGACGCGGCUCUUCCGGCUACACCUGCGGAGUCGUGCGCGCGCCGUUCCGUGUCAGUCGGCGCGCACUCGCUUACUUUCCCUCAAUUCUCCCCCCACCUCCGAUCCCCCUUUAUGUGUCGUGAGUGUAGUGCGCGUGUCGUGCGCUCUAUGCUCCGGGAAGGGACGCCGGCGACUCCCAGCAAGUUUCGCUUUUCUUCCCGUUUUCGUGUCCAAGUUUGUGGCGGCGAAUCCGCGGAGCUCCUGCGAUGGGAUGCUGCGGCGGAGAGGAGAGGGUUCAGCGAGAGUGGCGACCACUGGAGCAGAGGAGCUGCACCGACAUCCCGUGGCUCAUUUUAUUCACGCUCUUCUGCAUUGGCAUGGGGUUGAUCUGUGGCUUCGCCAUCGCCACGGGGGCUGCUUCCAGGCUUGUGUCGGGGUACGAUAGCUAUGGGAACACGUGCGGCCAGAAGAACACAGCGAUAGAGGGCAUUGCACUCAGCGGCAGGGAUCAGACCAACAAAAAGUAUGUCUUCUUCCUGGACCCUUGCAACAUUGACCUUGUGAACAGGAAGAUCAAGUCCAUGGCCCUGUGUGUCUCCAAGUGUCCUGACAUUCAACUCGAUACUUACGAAGACAUCAAGGCCUUUGCAACAGUCAAUGGCUCUUUUCUUUGCUCGUACGAUCUGAGUCCUGAUCAAUACGUGAGCGAUCCAGAAAAAGCCACAAAAUGUCCUAAACUCCCUGUUCUGAAAAGCAACUCGCUCCCAAUGUUUCACCGCUGCACGCCAGUGGACAUCUUCUGCUACGCCAGGUUUGCCGAGGCUUUGAUCACCUUCCUCAGUGACAACAGUGUGCUGCACAGGCUUGUUGCUGGGGUGAUGACCAGCAAGGAGAUUAUCAUGGGCCUCUGCCUGCUGGCAUUAGUGCUCUCAAUGAUCCUGAUGGUGGUGAUCCGCUACAUCUCGGCCAUCCUGGUGUGGAUCCUCACCGCAGUCGUUGUUAUUGGUUCCCUGGGAGGAACCUGUGGCCUGUGGUGGCUGUAUGUAGACCACAAAAAAUCUUUGAAUGACACCAUGCCUGUGAAUGAGCUGCAGGUGGCCAAAGACAACGUCAGUGCCCUAUUGGUUUACGCCAUUGCAGCAACGAUUUUCACGGUGAUACUCCUGCUGCUGAUGCUCAUCAUGCGGAAGCGUGUGGCGCUCACCAUUGCCCUGUUCCACGUGGCCGGCAAGGUGUUUACACACCUGCCGCUCCUGGCUUUGCAGCCCUUCUGGACCUUCCUGGCACUCAUAUGUUUCUGGGCCUACUGGGUCAUGGUGCUGCUCUUCCUUGGCACUGCAGGAAACCCAGUCCAAAACAACCAGACCAAGCUGGUGGAGUUCCGCAUGUCUGGGCCGCUGCAGUACAUGACAUGGUACCACGCGGUGGGGCUGAUUUGGAUCAGUGAGUUCAUCCUGGCCUGCCAGCAGAUGACUGUGGCUGGAGCAGUGGUCACAUACUACUUCACCAGGGACAAGUCCAACCUGCCUCUGACCCCGAUUCUGACCUCAGUGUUCCGGCUGGUCCGGUACCACCUGGGCACUGUGGCAAAGGGCUCCUUCAUCAUAACGCUGGUGAAGAUCCCUCGCCUCAUCCUCAUGUACAUCCAUAACCAACUCAAAGGAAAGGAAAAUGCAUUUGCGCGCUGCAUGCUGAAGGCCUGUAUCUGCUGCCUCUGGUGUCUGGAGAAGUGCCUAAAUUAUUUGAAUCAGAACGCCUACACCGCUACAGCCAUCAACAGUACAAAUUUCUGCACCUCCGCCCGAGAUGCCUUCGUGAUCCUGGUGGAGAAUGCGCUGAGAGUGGCCGCCAUCAACACAGUUGGGGACUUUGUGCUCUUCCUGGGGAAGAUCCUGAUCGUGUCUUGCACGGCUUUUGUCGGAGUUCUGUCGCUCAACUACCAACGCGACUACACGGUGUGGGUGGUGCCGCUCCUGAUCGUCUGCCUCUUCGCCUUCCUGGUGGCCCACUGCUUCCUCUCCAUCUUCGAGAUUGUGGUGGAUGUUCUCUUCCUGUGCUUCGCCAUCGAUACUAAGAACAACGAUGGGAGUCCGGGCCGAGAGUUCUACAUGGACAAGGCUCUCAUGGAGUUUGUGGAGAACAGCAGAAAGACGCAAGCUGGGAGAUCGAACACGGGUGAGGGCAGGGAGCUAAAGCCCAUGGCCCCUGGGGCAAGUUCAGCUUGACCGAAAUGAUUCAACGGGAUUUAAGAGACAUUCCAGACAUUCAUUUUUACCGAUGUGUAACAUGUUUACUAUGGUUUCACUCCAGGGAAUAUAAUAUCUUAAACUGUCUAAUAGCUUGAUGUAACGAAGCACUGUAUGUCAGCUGGUGCAUUUUUGUAGUGGUGUCGUACUUUAAAUAACUGAAGACAGUUGUCAGCUGCCCAGUCAGUCAUACUAUAAAAUGUAUAGGUUCACAUUUGACUUGAUGUAUUUUAGUUCAAUUGUAAUCAUGUUUUCAGAUAUUUUCAGUCCUAGAAAUCUGCCAUUUUAGGAUAUAAUACAUAUGUACAGUGUGUAUGUAUGUGUGUGUGUG